UCCUCCUGCUCGCCGGCUCCCUGGCUCGGGACGGUCCCGGCGCCCUCGCACCCGCCCCCGGCACGGCCACCCUCCCUCUCCUCUCCCUACCCCCCCACGGGCGCCCGCCCUCGCCCGGCGCCGCCGGUCUGCUCGGCCCUCCGGGCCCCUCUCCAGCCGGCCCCCCACCUCUCCCGGAGCCAGGCUGGUUUCGGAAAUGCCCUUACAGCAGCAGGCCAAGCGAAGGCUGGAGCUAGGAGAAAGCGGUCAUCAGUACCUCUCAGAUGGUUUAAAAACCCCAAAGGGCAAAGGGAGAGCUGCACUGCGAAGUCCAGACAGUCCCAAAACUCCAAAAUCUCCCUCAGAAAAAACACGGUAUGAUACAUCACUUGGUCUGCUCACCAAGAAGUUCAUUCAGCUCCUGAGCCAGUCACCUGAUGGGGUCUUGGAUUUGAACAAGGCAGCAGAGGUGCUGAAAGUGCAAAAGAGAAGGAUUUAUGAUAUCACCAAUGUACUGGAAGGCAUCCACCUCAUUAAGAAGAAGUCUAAAAACAACGUGCAAUGGAUGGGCUGCAGUCUGUCUGAGGAUGGGGGCAUGCUGGCCCAGUGUCAAGGCCUGUCAAAGGAAGUGACCGAGCUCAGUCAGGAAGAGAAGAAAUUAGAUGAACUGAUCCAAAGCUGCACCCUGGACCUCAAACUGUUAACCGAGGAUUCAGAGAAUCAAAGGUUAGCUUAUGCUACAUAUCAAGAUAUUCGAAAAAUUAGUGGCCUUAAAGACCAAACUGUUAUAGUUGUGAAAGCCCCUCCAGAAACAAGACUUGAAGUGCCUGACCCAAUAGAGAGCCUGCAAAUACACUUGGCAAGUACCCAAGGGCCCAUUGAGGUUUACUUGUGUCCAGAAGAGACUGAAACACACAGUCCAAUGAAAACAAACAACCAAGACCACAAUGGGAAUAUCUCUAAACCCACUUCCAAAGACUUGGUUUCAACCAACUCAGGACAUAGUGAUUGCUCAGUUUCUAUGGCAAGCCUUUCUCCUUUGGCCUCCCCAGCCAACCUUUUACAGCAGACUGAGGACCAAAUUCCUUCCAACCUAGAAGGACCGUUUGUGAACUUACUGCCUCCCCUGCUCCAAGAAGACUAUCUCCUAAGCCUCGGGGAGGAAGAAGGCAUCAGCGAUCUCUUUGACGCUUAUGAUUUGGAAAAGCUCCCGCUGGUGGAAGACUUCAUGUGUAGUUGAUUAUGCUUUGUGAACUCCUUAUAAACCAAUAUUUUUUUAUUAUGGAACCAGAACAUCUGUCAUGCAGUGUUGUCCCUUCCUACCUUCUUCCUCCAAGAUAGUAUCAUGAAGUAAACUACAGACUUCAGAACAAAGCUGACAUUUUAACGAAUUUUUUUAUAUAUAUAUAAAUUGUCUAAACGCACAGUUGCAGGCUCCCUUGGGAAAACCCUGCUUUGCCCCAGGCUCCAAAAUCUCCUGGAUGAGUCAGCAAGUGAGAAAAUGUGCAAUCAGGUGUCUCUCACCCAUACUUUCCUCCCUCCCUCCCUCCCGGAUUGGCUUGCUGUGCCUGACGGAUGGGCUGUAGAAUGGGGUCUGGCCACCUGGGCCACUGGAAUACAGCAAUCUUCCUUAAUAGCAUUUCAAGCCGUGCCUUCUCUGCAGAAUGCAUGUCUUUGGGGUCUGCUAAUAUGGAAUGGAACUGCAGGAACUGUAAACUUGAAGUCAUGCAAAAGUAUGAAACGGAUGUCUUCAGCUCUUCUUAGGAAUAUUUAAAUUACUGUCAUGAUUCAGUGUAAGCUAUGGGCCAUGGGUCCAACUUGGAGGUCAAGAGAACCUCCAACAGCCUUCGGAUGAAGAACCUGUUUUCGAAUACUUGUUGCAGAUACAGAAGACUUGUUGCAGAUACAGAAGAAUAGUUGAGAUCUGCCACUGUUAAGCUGUUGUGGAUUUUCCUGUCUCCAUAAACCACUCCCACUGCCCUGCCCCCAACAUGUUUGUGAGUUUAAAGUUGAUUUGUAGCAAAUGCCUACUGAGGAGUUCUUUGUGGAUUGUUUUAGACUUUUUAAUUUUUUUUUUAGCUGCCAUUUAAGCAUUCCUGUGGCACCCAUCACCAUUACAGUUUAACUGUUUACUUUGAAGCGGUUUUUGCUCAUUCAAAUUAUUUAAGCAGAGAUAGAGAAUCUCUCUGAUCCGAGCAUCUGAACGAGUGUGACCUAAGGUUUAACAGCCUCUGCAGAAGCAUUGCCCCAUUUGGCUUCCUUUCCCAGGAGGGGAGCUGGGAGCGAGUCUGUCCUCGCUGACAUUGGUGGCCCCUUUGAAAGGAGGGCCAGGUCAGGUGAUACAGCCGUCCCAAGGAACAGCGGGUGUGGGUCCCUCCGUCCUUGGGCUUCCCGGGGCCCCGUGACCGGGGAAAGGGCUCUCUUACACUGCACUCAGGGAGACCACUUCUCAGGAUGCGGUCAGAUGGAGAGGCCUACAGGGAGAAAGGCAUCCCAUUGUGUGAGUGGCAUUCUACCAGUGGCGUUUACUCAGGCUGGUGAGCCCAGGGAGCUCCCGCUUUGUGGAGGGCUGCAAUGCCCCUGGCCACAACCUGUCCCCCUUCCCCUAUGAAGGAGUAAGCUGGACCCAGGGAAGUGCGGGCGUAGAAAAUGAAGCGAUAGAAUGCCGGGGUGUUUUCCCACUUUCCUCUUCAGGAAUGGUGUCCCAGGUGGGAGGCUUCGUGUCAGUUGCAAAUCCUACCAGUUAUGUCCAAGAGUGGCUUUCCCAUUGGCCAGGGGAGGUGGCCAUUUCCCACCGGGAAUGUGACUUAGUACCUCAAAUCCAUUCCUUGGAUGCUAAAGACCACGGGGAUGAGGGAGUCUUAUUUCAAAACAAAACAAAACAAAAAAAACAACCUCAACAGGAACAGAGAAACUGAAAUGCUAUGUGCCUGGCUCACUGGUAGGCACAUAGUAGGCACUCUAUUCACGUGUGUAAUUGAAUUGAAAAUAUCCCUUAGGAAAAAUACAAAACGGUCAACUACGAACACCCCAGCCAGUUUACUCUAGGUAGAGUUCCACAAUAUGCAAAGUGGUGGUGGGGGUCAAAACCAUGACACCAGCACUUUAAACGAUUUGUGUAGGUAUGCGUGGAUGUGUGUUUGGGAAGAAAAACAAAGGUGCAGAUUACCCUCCUUUUUCUUCAGCCUCCAUCCCCAGCCUCCUCCCCUCACACACUGGACUUGGUACAAAUAUGUGGUCCGAGAUGAAGCUUUGGGGUGGGGGAGGGGAGGAGCGCUUUGUGUCAAGUGCCUACUGGAAAUGCACUGUGGGGUGUUUUCCUGGAUAGGAAACCAUUUAUGCCAAGCUUUUCCCCAUGUCCCAUAUUUAUCUCAUCUGGUUAGCUGCCUCUGCUUCCAGCUUUGUGUAAUUCUCUGCCAGCUGCACAAAGCUAAUUUUUUUUCCAAAGUCUAACGACUGAGCUCACCUGGCUAGGUUGUUGUGUGUUUUGUUGAAUUUCUCCUUAAACCUUUCGUAAUGUUAUGCCGUAUUUAUUGUUUUAAAAUGAAAGGAAUACUAAUAAGUCUUAAAAGUUCCUUCAUGCAUAAGAUUUCUCCAGUUAAUGGGCUUAACUGGGGUCCAUUAAUGAAAUGUCCAUACUUUGUUGUUUGCAUUCGUCUUUUUUUUUUUUUUUUUUAACAUAGUAUCCGGCACACAAAGUGGGUUAGUUCUCCAGUAUUUGUGUUACUUUAAGUUCAAAGUAUGCCGGUUUCCUGGUACCAUUGAGUUGCUGCUAUUAAAGCUCACACAUGAAAUGGCUAAAAGUUACAAGUGUGCGAAUUAUGACUGCGUGAGCCUUAGAAAAUAAACUGUAUAAAGGGCAACACAUGAGCUGUCAAACAGUGUUAAGGUGUGUGUUUAUAUGUACAGACUUGUGCAUAGCAAUUGUUUUAUUUAAGUUGAUAUGUAGUCUACUCACAUUUUCAUUAUCUAGCAAUUUUGUACAAAGAUAGCAAUUAAUUUGUAAACACUGCCAGAAUAUUUUCUAGCUGGUUUGUAAUUUUUUAAGAGUGUUAUAUUUUGUUUUUGUUUUUUGUUGUGGUCUUGUUUUCAUUUUUGUUUCAAGUGUAGAUCUGUAAAUAGAAUUGCAGUAUUUAAAGCUUUAGCUUUCAGGAAAAAGAAGUAAGGACUCAGCGUGUGCACGGCAACUCGGGCGCGUGAGAGGUUUGAAGGAAGAGGCCUUGUCGAGUCAGUCAGGCGGCACUUGUCAGAUUGUGGGAGUUUCUUUUCCUAUGGGGUACACGAUUUUGUCAAAGGGAAAUAUUUCUCCCAAAAUUGGGAGAAGGCAAACUACUAAUCAGUUUAGCUUUGUGUUGUAUGCUAGUUUAAAAAAGAAAAUGUGUAAUAUAGUGUAAAAAAAAAAAGCUUUUAUGAUGGAUUUUGUAAAUAGAUUUGUUACAGGGUAACCUGUUCUCUAGCUGUGAUCUUACCACUUCAACUGGGUGUAAUUUGAAUAAAUUUUGUAUGGUAUCGGAUCAAUAAAAUGAUUUUUUUUUUUUU